AUGCUUGUGGUGAGGAUUUCCCCAAAGGAGAAUUUCCCAACCAAAACUCGUGUGUUGGUGAAGGUCUGGCUUCAUGGGUCCAGCAAAAUCGAUCUCUUGAAGAAAUCGACAUUGUAUGUAUUUGGGAUAACUCAUGUUCCUAGGUUGGAAGAUUGGUCUGUGAUGCCAGUGGAACGGAUUGGGUUUAUGCUUCAGGCACAUGGGUUCUUUAACUGCUCUCAUGCAGUGGAUGUUCCCCCUAGUCCUAGAGCUUGUGAGUCAGAUGUGAAGGAGGGCCAUGUGAAAGAGACGAUUGCCACCAAGUCGGUUUCAAAUGGGUUGAUAGCCAUGCUUUGA